AUAGAGCGAACUGUGUUCUGUUUUUGCUGGCAGCGACGUACAACUCACUAAUGGCAGAUUCAAAUCCCAAUAAAAGAAGAAGACGAUUAUUUCCUCAGAAAUUGCUUGUCAUAGGUUCUAAAGUUGAGGUUAGAAGUCUCCAAGGUGGACUUCAAGGAUCCUGGCAUCCUGGUGAAAUCAUUUCUAGUGAUAUCGGAUCCCACCACGUGAAAUAUUCUAAUAUUCUUGCAAGUGAAACCAUAGAAGUUUGUUCAACCGAUAAAAGCGCUACCACACAUAAGCGAGGAAGGAUAAGACCAAGCCCUUCAUUUUUUGAACUGGAAGAACAAGAUCAGCAUUAUGGUGUUUGUGUUGAUUGUUACUACAAUGAGGCUUGGUGGGAAGGUGUGGUUUUUGACUAUGAACAUGGUUCAAGUGAAAGGUGUAUAUUCUUUCCUGAUUCAGGGAAUACAUUGAUGAGCAAUGUUAAGAACCUAAGGUUAACCCAUGAUUGGGACAAGGAUACAGGAGAGUGGACUCCUCGAGGGAAUUGGUAUUUUCUACAGAUCAUGGAGGAGUACAAGAGGGAUCAUAAGUUUAUACCCAUCUCUGUAAAGCAAAUAUGGUAUGAUAUGAAUGGAAAAAAAGGAUUCAGUGAGAUUGGGGAAUGGCCAUUUCCUGUCCAGUCUUUGUGCCGUAAGCUGGUAGAACAGGUUAUGAAUGAAAGUAUGAGACUAACCGUAGAUGCAUUAAUGAUGUAUGAAGAUUUCUUAAUAGAGAAUGCAAAUAGUCUUGCAGUGGUCGGAGAAAUGUGCGAGAAUAAUGAGUUGACAGUAACUGAUUUGGUGGAUUCUCGAUCCACGAAUAAUCAAGUAGCGCCUACACAACCAGAUUUUCCAUCAAUGAUAUGUUCAGAUCCGAAAGAGUUUGAUUCGAGCAAACUACCUGAAAGUGAGCUUGUGUUUAGUAAUAAUUUUAGAUUGAAUCAGAAAAAACAGGAGAGACAAAGUAAUAAAAGCUUCCAGAUUGUUCAAAGUGAAUUGAGUCUCAAACCCGAGCUUUGCCAAAAAGCUAUUUAUGAUUAUCUUCAGGCAGAAAGGGUGACGAGUAAUUUGACUAACAGCUUCAGGCAUCAUCUCCUUGCUUUGGGAUAUGUAAUCGAGAAAUGUGAUAAGAAUAACAGUAUUCGUUAUAAGUCUCCAAGUGGAAGAACAUUUUACAAUCUACGUCAGUGUGCGAAAUUUGAGAAGAAAUCAAUAGAGAAUUCUUUGUUAGCAGAUCAAGACAUCUGGACUAGAAAUGCACAACCAGUUAAGGUGGAAAAAACCGAUGCAACGCGUAAUACUAAAACAAAGAGAAAAUGGGUAGAGAACUGCUCUCCUGAAGAUGUCGAGGAUGGCAUGAUUUCUUCAUAUACUAAUCCAGAAGAACCCAAAAAACUAAAGGUGGCAAACAUCAGUGAAGUUUCUGAUGAAACAAUAGAGACAAAUGUUGUGAACUUGGGUGUUGAAUCAAAAUAUUGCCCUGAAGCAAUAUCUCAGUAUGUGAAUUCAAGUAAAGAUGAAAACACGAAGAGCCCGAGUGAAUUGCAGGAUGAAGCUAGGGGGCAUUUGUUGGCUACUGGAUGGAAAUUAUGGGCAAAAAUAAGGAAAGGAGUGCAUGAAUGGCGCUAUGGUUCCCCUAUGACUAAAAAGACAUAUUAUUCACUGAAGUCAGUUUGUAAGGCUAUUGUAGAAGGUGUGGAGAUGUAUGGUCAGGAGCUCUCAGGCAGUGAAAUUUCGUGUUCUAGAGAUGAUCUGAAUGGGUUUUUCUUACCAAGAAGAUGCUCUAAUAAACCCUCUCGGACUCUUUGGAACUUUAAAUUCGCGAAGCGCCAAAAGAACUUAAAGGGUAAUGUAGAUUCUCUACCUUCGCCGGUUAAUGAACAGGAACAAGGAGACGGAGAUAAUGGGUUGACAAAGUGUCAUUCUAAGCGAAGGGAGAGUAAAGUAAGUAUCAGUUCUCGAGUGCUGCGAUCUAGUAAAAGAACUCAGGCAGCUCCCGCGUGUACAUCUCAGGCCCCUCGCACUGUACUUUCAUGGCUGAUUGACAAAAAUGCGGUGUUGGCGAGGGAAAAAGUGCUAUACUACAGGCAUGGGGAAGAUAAGCCUGCAGCUGAAGGACGAAUUACUGGUUCCGGGAUAAUUUGCAGUUGUUGCACCAAUAUUUACACUCUAAGUGGCUUCACAGCUCAUGCUGGUUGCAAUUCUCAUCAACCAGCUACAAACCUAUAUUUUUGUCGAGAUAGGAAAUUUUUGUUUCAGCGUCAGUUGGAUUUGAUGCGAGAAAAAGUCCGGAACUUCACUAGAAAACCACUGGAAAGAGCUUGUAUGAAAAGGCACAAAACCUGGAAUGAUGUAUGUUCAGUUUGCUGUGAUGGAGGUGAAUUAAUUCUUUGUGAUCGAUGUCCAUCGGCGUUCCAUGAAAAAUGCCUUAAAUUGCAGAUGAUGUUUGCUUCCAAGUUUCAAUCAGAAACAACCUCUUUGCUAUCACUAACAUGGAACAUUCCUGAAGGUGAUUGGUUCUGUCCUUCAUGUCGUUGUGGAAUUUGCAGUGAAAGCUAUUCUGAUAACACAAAAUAUUCCACCGAGAAAAACAUCCUAUCUUGUCAUCAAUGCGAGCGACAAUGUAGGUUUUUCUACUGUAAUUCGUGUAUGUACUUGAAAUCUAUGGGUUCUAAUAUGUUUAGUGUACACCGUGCAGAUCAUGCUCAUUGCGUAAGAAAUAGAAAUAUGGUUGAGCCUGAUGCUGAUCCCACCGAAAAUUGGUUUUGCUGUAAAAUGUGUGAAAAGGUGCAUUGGGGUCUCCAACAGAUUCUCGGUAAACCCUUUCUUGUUGGUCAAAAUGGCUUAACAUGGACAUUGGUCAAGCCCAUGGACUAUCUGGUGGAUGAUAACGAUGAUUGCGAUGUUGUUGCCAUGGUGGAAAAUUUCAGCAAACUUAAUGUUGCACUUGAAGUGAUGCAUGAAUGUUUUGAGCCUGUGAAAGAUCCUCAAACCAAGCGAGAUCUUGUAGAAGAUGUUAUUUUCUGCAGGGGACUUAACUACAAAGGAUUCUAUACAGUACUUCUUGAAAGAGAUGACGAGUUGAUUACUGUCGCCAUUUUAAGGGUCUAUGGCGAUAAGGUGGCUGAAGUUCCACUUGUUGCUACUCGGUUUAAGCAUCGGCGUCUUGGAAUGUGUCGCCUAGUUAUGCAAGAGAUUGAAAAGAAUUUGAUCAACCUAGGCGUAAAGAGUCUGGUUCUUCCUGCUGCUGCAAGUGCGUUGAACACUUGGACUACUGCGUUUGGAUUUACGCCAAUUACUAAGUCUGAAAGAUCUGAAUUCCUGAGUUACAACUUCUUGGACUUUCACGAUGCCGUCAUUUGCCAAAAAUCUUUGAGGAAGGUUGUUUCACCUCUUCCGCAAUUGCCUAGCAAUGCAGUUGGCCGUGCAGCUGCUCAAUGGAACAUAAAAAAGAAACGUAUUACUCCCGAGUCUGAAGGGGGUAGUGAUAUAUAUGAAUCUUACCAAGACGACCUACUCGAAGGCAGUGAAACUAAGGACGACUAACAGGACGAGUAUCUAACACCAGCUGCACUUAAAGGGGUUAAAUAAGCUCGCGAUCUGUCUACAUUCACCUUUAUAUGACAAUCAAAGAGCAACACCGGAUACACAUAAAGACAUGCCUUUGAUGAUCGAACAAAACUUGUGAACGAGCUCAACUCAAAGGUGAAUGAUCCGACUAAAAUUAUACGAAAGAAUGAAGGACGCGAAGCCAAGACUUGAAGCUUUCAUUGCCUUAAAAUGGAAGUAUAUUUGUAUGUACUGGUUUUCUCCUCUAACAAAUAUGGAAGCUGUUUAACCAUGAUCAGAGUGCAGCAAAUUUUGAGUAUAAAAUUGGGAUUAUUGGUGAGGGUAGUAUAACAUUUAUAUAUUAAGUAUGUCAGUUUAGGAAAUAG